CAGGAUAUAUUCGACAAAGGAUGCAAAAUGGUGUGUAUCUACCGCAACCCCAAAGACACAGCCGUAUCGUACUAUCAUCAUACAAAGAACAUGCCAUGGCAUUAUGGAUUUGAAGGCGACUGGAACGACUACUUUCCCUUUGUGCUGUCGGGACUUCACCAAGAAGGCAAGUGGGUAGAUAAUGUAAUAAGCUGGUGGAAGAACGGAAAGAAUAAUCCAAACAUAUUAUUCAUCCGCUACGAGCAAAUGAAAAAGGAUUUUGUGGGAAGUGCAAAAAGAUUGGCUGCAUUCUUGGGAAAAUCCUAUGAUGAUGACUACUACAAUCGACUUCAAUACUCAUGUUCUUUUGAUUCGAUGAGGAAACUUUCAGGAUUACAUUUUGGUGCGUUUGACCCUGUGAGAAAAGGUGAAAUUGGUGACUGGAAGAACUACUUUACAGUGGCACAAAGUGAACAAUAUGAAGCACUCUACCAACCUGUUCUUGACCAACACAAGGACUUUAUAAUUGAAUAUGAAUAGUCGAAAUAUGAAAACUCCAAACAUGCGUGAUACAAUAGGAAUAUGGAUGGAUAUUGGGUUCAAAACCUGCAAUCUCAGAGAUACAUAGACUUCAUUACAUUCACAAACUAGAAGAAGCAAAUCAAAUAACAAAUAUGUAAACAAAGAUAGUUCGUUCAGUGUAUCACUGGACGAACAACUGGAGAAUAUGGCUCAUUUUUGACUUAUAGCCACAUGGAUAACAUGGACCAAUCAGAAUGGGCAUAUAUUACGGCAGCUCUACAAUUGGUUAGUCAGAAAAGUUGGACUGGAGUCGAAAUACUUGGGUAUCCUAGAUUUUAUAAUAAUUCUCUUGAUUUUUAUCGUGAAAAAAAGUAUAAACAAUUCUGGUGGUGAAAAUGAUAUUUUCUUAUAUAGAUUUGUAAAGUUGACAGAGCCUCGAUUGGCAU